UUUUUGAUCCGGGAUGUGAUAAUAUGGAUGACAUCGAGCAGGCAAUUGACGAGGAGUUGAAUAAAUUAAACCUUGAUCCCUCUGGAAAUGACUUUGAAGAGUCAGAAGAUGACAGCUUUACUAUGCUGGAUGGAAAUCUGCAUGCAGAACUUCCUAACUCAGUCCUCGCAUAUAUGGAAGCUUCAAGAAAUCGAAUGAACGCCUUUGAACAGUUAAUCCUUGAAGAUUUUGAGGAAAAAGUAGACAUCUCAAGCCAGGAACUGUCUCACCUCAAUUGCAAUGAUAAUCUUAUAAAUGAAUCAGAUUCAGAAUUCAGUGAGGACCCCAUAAAGUGGAAAGAGAAGGUACAUUCUGAAAUUAAGGAACAAGUUGGACUUCCCAAAGACAUUGAGCCACAGAAUGGCCAGAGGGAGAUGUCACAGAUGUCAUACAUGGAUGAUGUAACUGAGCAUGAUAUAUGCACUGAGAGUGAAUUACAAUUCAAUAUUGAAUGGAGAGAACUGGAGAAAAGACUGCAAGAGGAAGAGAAGCAGAGACUAGCAGCACAGGAGGAAGAAAGAGAGCUGCAUUUGAACUCAAUGAGAGAGGAGGAAGAGAGGAAGAGGAGAAGACAAUUGGAGUUUGAGGAGGAGCUAAGGAGGAUAGAGGAGACCACUCUGAUUCAAAAAGUUGGAGGAAAAAAAGAAGUACAUCCCACAGAGGAUCUUCAAUUGGAAAUGGAUAAACAGCAGGAGUUGAUAAGGAAGCUUGCGGAGGAGAUGGUGGAGGAGAGACGAGCUUUUGAGGAUGCUCAGAAGGAGGAGAGAAGGAGAACCCAGGAGCUUCACUGCAGAGCAGUCACAAAGAUCCAAGCUGCUUUCAGAGGAACAUUAGCACGCCAGUGGAGCAAGACAGAGCUGAACAAAAAGAGAGAAGAGAAAAAAAGGCUUGAGGAGGAGAAGAGGGAAUGGGAGAAGAUGAAGAAAUACAGGGAGGAGGAGAGAAGGAGGAUUGAGGAGGAAGAACGCACUCAGAGGGAGGAGACAGAGAGAAGGAGAGCAGAUUAUGAAAGAGCAAAAGAACUAGAGCGCCAUCGUUUGGAGAGAGAGCAUAGACUUGAGCAGAAGAAGAGGAAAGAGGAGGAAGACGAAGAGAGGAGGAGGGAAAUGGAGAGGAAGAGAAAGGAGAAGCAGAACAACAAUAAAUCAGUUGAAGAGAAGAGUGUGAAGGAGAGUAGCCGAGGAAGAAGACAGGAAGGGGAUGUUGAGACAAAGGAAACAGAAAAAGAGAGAAGAAGCAGAGCGGAGGAUGAAUGUAAAAGAAAGGAGGAAACUGAGGAAAGAAGGGAAAAGGAAAACAAAGGCAAUGAGGAAAAUGUAAGAAAAGAAGAUAAUAAUCAAAGAGAUGGGAAUGGAGAGGAAAAGACAGUGAAGGUGGAGAAGAAUAUGAUGGAACAAAAUGAAAAAAGCAUGAACUUAGAAGUUACAGAAGGAUUAAAUGAUCGGAGACCAGUAACAAUGAGCGAUAAAGAGAAGAAACGACUUGAUAAUGGAGACCUUGACUCUAUAACAAAUCUCUCAAAGUUAAGAAAACGCCUGGAAGUUACCACAGCCACACCAGAGUCCUACAUAAAUGCACAUCAGCCACUAUAUAAUAAACGUGGCAUUAGUCCAGUUGGUUCCCCUGGUGAUACAGAUCACAUAAGUGUUGAUACGACCCAGAACCCAGAGACAGACACGACUCAGCCAGUUUCUGAUUUUCAUGGUGUAGGACCUGGGAUGGACACUAGGGUGCAUACAAAUGCUACAGACAUUGAGUUGGAGAAAUGUGUACCAGAGAUUCGACAAUUAAAUUCUUUAUAUCUGCCUGACAGCACAGAGCAAAAACGUCUGGCCUGGAUGAUGAAGUGCACUCCCUGGGCCAAACUAUCAAUGCUGAAUAAAAGAAAGGGUCCCUCUGCCCAGCUACAGUCCCAAAAGAGAGGGCCAAGAAGGACAAGAGUACCCAGCUUGCCUCCUCUGUCUGUGGACACUAUUCUCAAGACAGGAGAGUGGUGCUCUAUCAAACAGGUUACAACAGUGACACUGGAGGACCUGCCGGGCUGCAGCCUGUCCACACUGUCUGAGUGUAUCAAACUGCAAACUUUAACCCUUAGACGCUGUGGACUCAGAUCCUUAGAUGGACUUAAUCAGUGUGCCCAUAUCAGAUACAUUGAUGUACAGGAGAACUCCAUUAGCCUUAUGGAUUGUGGAGGUAUGGCCAGACUUCAGGUCCUCCUGCUUGGCAGGAACCAGGUGACAAACAUUCAUGGCCUUGAUGGUGCUGAAAAUCUACAAGUGCUUCAGCUCUCACACAACAACAUCUCCCGAAUCGGUGGUUUAGGAUCCCUGAAAAUGCUUCUGAGAUUGUCAGUGGACCAUAACCAGCUGCUCAGCACAAGAGGUUUGAAUGAAAUGUAUACCCUACUGCAUCUAGACUGUUCGCACAACCACCUAAGCCACAUCGAAGGUUUGGAGAAUUGUGCUCUGCUUAACACGCUGGACCUGAGAGGAAACAGUCUGACCGAGUUACCUGUCCUGCAGAACCACGUUCUUCUGAGGGACCUUUUUCUGGAUGACAAUCUGAUAUCCUCUAUACAUCAUCUGGAAUCUUAUUGGUUACCUUUGCUACAAAACCUCUCUGUGGCUCAAAACAGUAUAACUUAUUUAAUUCCACUCUUGGACUUGGUCUCUUUGAAGACACUGGAUGUCAGCCACAACUGUCUGUCAGACUUGCAGAACGUUUGUCUGAAUCUUCAGGGAUGCACUGGGCUCCAAGAAAUUAACCUGACUGGCAACCCACUACAGCAGGACAACGACUGGAGGUCCUUGCUUCUGGAGACAAUGCCUGGCUUGAUUAAGUUGAAUAAUGAGCAAACUGGCACAACAACAGCGCCCACUAAAGGUCCAGGAGAGCAGUGGAGUUUCCAGGCCCUGUGUCAGGCACAGCAGAGGAAGCGUGAUUUACUCCUCCAGCAACAAAAGAUGGAGAUCAGUUCUGCCCCCUCACAACAUGAUGCCCAACUUCUUGCCAGUGGCCACCAUGCAGAGCUGUUCAGAUUGGCAGUAGAUCAGCGUUAUGCCCAUGAAUAUGCCGAUAGCUGUGUCACAGAGGAUCCCGCACCGGCAGCAGCUGCUGACAGUAGUCUACAUGAUGUUUCUGACGCACCUCUAUCACAGAGGCAAAGCCCAGAAGAGCAGCUUCAGUGUACAGCAGAUUGGCAGAUACACAAUCCAGAGAAUACAAAAAAUUCUGACCUUAAGCUUCAUUCCAACGACCUUCAAGCCGAUUGUUCUGAGAAACCAGCUGAGAAGGAACCUGUUCAAGCACCGAACCUUAAAAUAGCGGCAGCUGUGGUGAUCCAACGACGCUGGCGGAGAUGUGUAAUGCAGAGACAUGGGGGCCUCUUAAGCGUAAUUGCGAAAACUAACGAGAGAUCGAAUAUUCAUUGGAUGGAAGAUUCCUACAUUGGGAGGCCAGAGCUGCAUAAUAGGGACCAUGCUGCCGUUGUUAUUCAGGCUGCGUGGAGGGGCUACGCUCUGCGGAGAAGGCUGGCCCGCACUCUAGCCGCCGCUCAGAUCACAGAGAGCGAUGAGUACUUUGAAGAGGUGGACAUGGACGAAUUCAUUUUUGAUGAGAAAGCGCUGGAGAAAGACUGGAUAACCCUACAUUCCGAUGCCUCACCGGCCAGAACAAUGCCAUUUUCAGCACAGCUGCCAUUGCCAAAGCAACCCAAGCAUGCCUGGUCAGACAGAGAAGGAACAGCCCGCUUGGAGCAAAACAUGUCACUUCCCCAUAGUAGUAGAAACAGCACCCUUUCUGAGAGAUCUGAAAAAAUCAUCAAAGAAUGGGGCUUCACUAGUAACUCCACUGUGCUUCUUAUGCUGAAGAGAGCCAGUAAAAUGAAGGGCAGGAAACAGCAGCAGAAGAAAUUAUUGGACCCAAGUGCACGUCUGGCCAUGUUCAGGAGACACAGUAACCAGAAUGUUUCCAUUGAAACUCAAAGGCAAACCUGCCUGAGGUUCAAGGACUGCUUUGAAGUUCGCCAUGCAAAGGAGGAAGUUUACAACGCACUGAGAGCAAAGGAAAGACAAAAUUAUAAGGAGAGAACUUACCAGUGGCUUCACCCACAAGCAGUCCACCCCCAUGCAGAAUCUGCAGACUUGGGACAGAGUCAUUUCCUCCCUGAGAUUGACCCUGAUGUUCUUAAUGGUGGAAGGGUGCAGCUUGUGGCCAUUGCUGGCUGCAGAGAUGGUGUAGAUUCGAAAGCAAAGUUUAGGGUCGACUCAACUGGUAUCUCUCCACCUCUUAACAAACAUACUCAGGCUCAAAGACAUUCAGCUGAACACACAAAAACCAAAGUGCCAUCACCCAAUAGAGUCAGUUCAGCUCCGACCCGAAAGGAACGGAUCUCAUUCCGCGACAACCCGGUCCGACGCAGUGGAGGCUGGGGUGGAGGAAAGAAGGCCAAAUUGAACAAGUAAAAAGACAACAUCAGCUCGUGUUUGUGAGAUAAUAUUGAUUCAGUUCUUUAGUUUUGAACUUCAUAUUUGUGGGUGUGUAUAUAUUCAGAGUGUGAUGGAUGUCUUGUUGAUGUAAGCCCUUAACAAGACUUAUAAUGCACAUUUGAUCUCCACUGAAAUUCCCUGCAGCUGCUGUUUUUACUAAAAUCCAGCUUCCUCUCCUGCAAAUGAAUUAGAAGCAAUGGAUGAGAUAUAGCCCAAAUAUCUGCAGGCGGUCACAGGAUAUGUAUUGCUUUCAAGCAUCAUUCCAGUUAACGUGUGCACAGCGAGCCAUGGAAUGAGUGGAAAGCAUUUACAAAUGACAUGCUUAAUAUGCAGACAAUGACAAGCAAUAGAAACCAGCUCAUUCUUGUUUUGAUUCAGUUUAGGGUUUUUUUCUUCACAUUUUUCUUUUUUGUCAUUUCUUUGUACUGUUCAUAAAACUAAAAAUUAAAGUUAUAUAUCAAAUAUAGCCAUCAAUAAAAUAUUGGUUUUGUACAAAUUUCCAGCACAAACAUUCAUUUUUAAUCUAUUUGAUAAAUUGUUAAAAAACACAGGUCUAAAAUCUAUGGCAAACAGGUCCAAAAGUAAGUAGAAUAAAUACAAAAACCAGAAUUACUAUUAGACUUGUGUUUUCUCUAGUGUUAAUAUCAGAUAGCAAUCUCUGUGUUUGUGUAUUUUAAAUUGGACAUAAAAAGCUGGUUAUAUUCACAAAUAUUGGUUGAAAAAUAUUUUUCUGCAUACAGCUUAGAGUCUUGGAGCUGCUUUCUGAGCCUAGAAAUGAUCAAAUAAAUCUUGUUAGUGAGAGUUUUGGCAUUGUGUUUAGGCAGGCUGCCCAUAGGUAUCACGUUGCUUGACUCUGUUCAUAUAUGAAAUAUGUUUAUAGCACACAAAGAAUUAAAAUAAUAAGGGAGUAAUAUGGUCUUUUUGAGCAAAAGAAGCAUCAUAGAUAGAUCUGCAGUGUUGCAUUAACAGUAAGUUUACAAGUUUCCACUUUUGCAAAAGCUAUGAACAGUGGACAGAAUGACUGAAUUCACUGACUGGAUGCCAGUGGGUAAUUCAUGCCAGUUGUUACCCACAAAAAAAAAAAACAUAGGCAAACCAUGAGAGAUAAUCUUUUUGACUGUCAGCGAGAGCAGAUCUGUGCAGGGUUAGCAAGAGCAUUCAGAGCCAUCGAAAACCUAUUGGUGUGUUUGGGUUUGUAAUAGACUAUGUUGUACUUACCUACUCAGGAACACAUUACAGGGAAAAUAAAUACUGUAUGCAUUGACUAAAUCCUUUAGCCGUUUCGACAAGAAGCAAAGGCUUCACACUUAAGUAAACCAGCCUUUCAAACCAAAUGUUACUCGCUGACCCAGCCUGAGCUGCCCAAUCUCUGCAGCUGGAAGUACUGACUGUGGCCAAUCCAUUUAUUAUCAUUUUAAUUACUUAAGUGACUGCAAAGGCAUAUGUACACAAACCCAGCUGACAUGCUUAUACUGACCUCUGACUUCUACUAGGGAUUCAUUCUGUCUAUCCUACAUAAGAGAAAGAGAACGGCAGUGAGAGAAGCAGUAAACAAUGGCAAACAUGUCUUUGGCCUAAAAGCCUCAUGUGGCCUGUACAAAAAAUAUUUAAGAAUGUAACAAAUGUAAUAACAUUCAUAAUAGAGGAAACCACCAACUUAUCUCUGA